CACAGCUGAUCACGUGAUGUGGUAAAAGGCCAAUCACAGCGGCCUUUUACCACGUGAUCAGCGGUGUCCAAUGACACGCUGAUCAGAGGGAUAUGCAAGUGCCGAGCGGGGAUCGGCACCGAUCAUCAGGUCACUGAUGAUCAGUGCCCUGAUGAUCGGUGCCCAGCAGUGCCACCCGCAAGUUCCGCCCACCUGUGCCCAGCAGUGCGCCCACCUGUGCCCAGCAGAUCACCCACCUGUGCCCAGCAGUGCACCCACCUGUGCCACUCGGCAGUGUCACACACCUGUGCCCAGA